CACACAACACACCAGGCUCGUAUCCUCUCACCGAAUAUUUAUCUCCUCGUUCAGGGCAAUCAUGGAUUCUCACUUGACCCAAUCGAGUCGACUUCUUGACUGGAUACCUGCUGCGGCUAUCCUAUUUGAAUUCGUGCAUGAGGGGACGAGAUGUUCAUCGUUUGUGUCUUUUUGUAGUGCACGAUUCCAAGCACUAUAAGAGGCGGAUGGGCCUUUCGAUGUGCAAAUCAAGGUUUAGCGGUCGAAUCGGGGGAACGUGUCGAGCAGACGGGCGGACUUGUGUCGCUUCCCCUGGACACGGGCAUUAUUUUCCCGCGGCCCAUGGCACAAACACAAAUCCUCGACGCUGGAUUCAAGUCCUUGCUUGCGCCACGCUCAGACACGACUCAGAUCGCCGACUUUUCCUGCGGCCCCUGGAAAGGGUGACCAGAAGAUGACGUCAAUUCUGUGCAGCCAUCUUAUCUCUGACCUCCGCGUCAUUCCAAGCGGAGGGUCCGCUCGUGAUCCAGGAAGGACUUACUCGAAUCCUGAUCAGAUCGGACUUGUGACUCUAUGCUCGCAAGUUGGCAACCAUUGGCAAGCACAAACGGAGGGUACUGAAUGGUAGGGGAUUCAUACAUCGCGCCAUUAUCACAAAGGUUCCGAGUCUACUUAUUCUCUCGAACAUGCAAAGCAAUAUUGCCGGUCAGACGCUGUCCGAUUUGUAACAACCAAUGCACAUCCCACUUCGAAAAACUAUGGGAGGUUUGUCAUUCAACUCAUCUAGCAUAAGAAGCCACCGCGAAACAUGGACUUGCUCUACCAUUAUCAAAUAUCUAUCCGAUUGUUCCAAUCCAGCGAACAAACUCGCAGCAGGUAUUCCCGGUAUUGAGCUACUUUCACAGAAAUAGCAGGUCAAACGGAUCGAA